CUCAUCUUCAGUUGAGAAACUCCUCUCUGCCGAGAAGCAUUAUGGCGACUGCAAGCCCAGCAAAAUGCCUUCAAGAUGAAGCUACUUGUUCAAUCUGUCUAGACUACUUCCAGGAUCCUGUGAUGAUCAGCAAUUGUGGGCAUAAUUUCUGCCGAACCUGCAUCAUCGAGUAUAAGAAGUCUGAUAUUAAUAUCUGCUGCCCAGAGUGCAGACGAUCUUUUUCCCGGGAACAUCUUAAACCCAAUAGACCCCUGGGGAGAAUGGCAGAGGCAGCUAAACAACUCAGUUUGCAGAUCAACAGCCCAGCAAAGAAGAGAAUGUGUCUGAAACAUAAGCAGCCUCUGAUCCGCUUCUGCAAAGAAGAUGAGACCCUCCUUUGCUGCCUCUGUGAGGAAUCCAAGGCUCACCGAAAUCACACGGUUGUUUACGCAGAAGCUGCUGCUGCGGAUUACAAGAUGAAACUUCAGAAACGUCUAGAGAACCUGAAGAAAGAAAAAAACAAAAUUCUGUCAGUCAAAUCAAAUGGAGAAAAGCCAAGCCAGGAACUACUGAAGGAAAUGGAUGACAAAAAGUCGUCGAUGGUAUCUGAAUUCCAACAGAUAGUGCAGUUUUUGAAGGAAAAAGAGCAAUUCCAGUUGAGCAGGUUGGGAGAACUGGAAGCGGAGACUGAGAGGACAAGGAAAGAUUAUGGGAAUAAAUUUGAUGAUGAAAUAUCCUACAUCACCAAUCUGAUUGGUGAGAUAGAAAAGAAGAAUGGCCAACCACCCAGUGAAUUUCUGGAGGAUAUUGGAAGCAUAUUGGAUAGAUGUGAAAAGGAGAAAUUCAAGUUUCCACCUCCACCUGAUACUUCAGAUAUAAAGAAAAGGCUUGAGCAGUUCUCUCAACAAAGUACAGGCGAGCAAAGUACUCUGAGAAAAUUCAGAGCCCUCCAACAGCAGCUGCAGGAGGAAGAGAGGAGACAGCAAAUGGGGAGGAACGUUGCUGCCUCUGCAGGCGCCAGGCGGGGGAGAAACCCAGCGCAGGAAAUGCAGGAAGAACUCCAGCAAGUUGUCAUCAGUCGCUUGAGAGCCCUCCAACAGCAGCUGCAGGAGGAAGAGAGGAGACAGCAAAUGGGGAGGAACGUUGCUGCCUCUGCAGGCGCCAGGCGGGGGAGAAACCCAGUGCAGGAUAACAUGUUGAGACCAAGAUGGAUUAAAGAAAAUGUGUAUCUGGAUCCAGAAACAGCUCAUCCUCGGUACAUUGUGUCUCAAGACGGGAAAAGUGUCGAAUGGGGAGAAAUCCGUCAGGAUUUUCCCUACAACCCAAAGCGAUUUCAGUAUGCUCGUUGUGUUCUUGGUUGUGAGGGAUUCACCUCAGGGAAACAUUAUUGGACAGUGAGCGUAGGGGAUGGAGACUAUUGGGCUGUGGGAGUGGCCAGAGAGUCUGUGGAGAGGGGGGAGGAAAUUGAUUUUGAUCCUGAUGAGGGGAUCUGGGCUUUGGGACGUUACGAUGAUCAAUAUAAGGCUCUGACUUCCCCUCCUACUCUUUUGGAGCUAGACUAUGAGCCAACAGAGAUCCAGGUUUCUCUGAAUUAUGAAGCAGGAAAAGUGCAUUUUUAUGAUGGAGAAGAUAAGACCCGCAUCUAUACUUUCGAUGCUGAUUUUGAAGGGGAGGCAAUUUUCCCUUUUUUCCGGAUUGUUGAUUCAUCAACUUGCCUCCAGCUCUGUUCUUAAAACACAAGAGGAAGUCAUGACUAAGCACCAGUGGUGCACCUAGGUAAUUUUGGCUCCCGGACUGCCCAUGCUGUGAGGCCUCCCCCAUAAAAAAGAAACCUGCUUUUGGGGACCUCUCGCUGCCACCCCGCACCCUCCCCGCUGCUGUCCCGCCACACCAAACCUCCGAUUCCCCCGCCACCCAUAAUUUUAGCUACCAUGUGCCUGUCCAAGGGGUGGCAGCCAGGGAGCCAAGCAGACCUCCCCCGGCCCCAUGGCGGUGGCAGAUGGAGCAACUGCUGGGCCUUCCGUCUGCCCCUGCAGCUCUGGAGAACUGAGAGGCACUCCAGUGCAACUGCACAGUUGAAAUAAAUCAUUGCAUGCCCGUGACAUAAAAGGCCUGCUCAGUUCACCCCCCCCCCACCCCUCAGCUGCACACACAGUUGCUAAGUUAUGGGGCGGGGGUGUCAGGAGGGCCCCCAGACCUUGGAGACUACACACUGGGGCCUCACGGUCCAGGGUAAGAGUGCCUCUGCUAAGCACCACUAAAAUCAGUGAAACAAGCAGGGCUGGAUUAUGACAUGCUGAGGCCCCAAGAUAUAUUAAGCUUUAAAGGCACCAUAGCAUUACAGUAAAUAUAUUGUAACAAAAAACACAAUGAACUAACAAAGCUUUAUUUUUACUUAGCAAAGAUGGAAUGAAAAACUAAUAAUCUUGCAGCAAAUCGUAUUUGCCUUUAAAUGAAAAUAAAUUAUGUAAGACUUGAAAUCAUCUUAACAAAUAAUAGUAAUCCAGAGGCCCCUCAUAAUGUGAGGCUGUAAUCUGUAGCUAACUUACCUUGUGCUUAAAUCAGCACUUGAAACAAGUUAAUCAUGACUAAUUUGUACCAUUAAUUUAAAUAAGGAACGACUAACCUUCUUUGUUUACCACUCAUUGUCAUUGGCUUCCGAUCAGCCAUGAUUGUUUUAUGUUCUUCCUUGAUAAUGGCCAAACAAGGUAAAAAAUUACACACCUUGUUUUUGUUUUAAAUUAAACUUGAAAAUUCAUAUUUGCUUACUUCUGAUAGAAGUAUAGUGGUUAUCAGUUAAGAUUCUUCUUUUGGAUGUAUGCCUUUUUUUCUCAUUUUAGUUCCUUUUUUGUUAUUUGAAUUAAAUCAGUCUCAGUACAUGAUACAUUUCUGCUUGUAAGGAAUUAGACUAUUUGGAAUGUUUAUUCUGAUAUUAUUGGCACCCUUAAAAUUUUUAGUAGUUACAAGAGGGUCUCAUUAAUCGGGGCUCCAGCAUUUGCGGUUUCAUGUAUCCACAGUCAGAUCAUUAUCACCUGACCUCGGCAUAUGUGGAAAAAAUGGGGAUGGGGUUUAAACCCAUGUAUCCGUGGAUCGGGGUGGCCAGAAAUGACUUCAAAGGUCAUUUCCGGCUGCCAUUUUGAGCACUGGAGCCAUUUUAUAGCUCAUUUCCUUCUAAACUGGCAGCAAAACCCAUGAUUUUCAGCCUAUUUUGGAUGCCAUUUUGGCUUGUGGACAUGGUAGGGCACAUGAUAGAACACAGUGGGUAUUAAGGUUGGGGGGGGAACCACAAUUUUUGGCUGAUUUUGGGCAGUCUCGAACCUAACACUCACAUUUCCAUAGCUCUAAUAACCCAGUAUCCGUCCCCCCGGAACCAAACCCCCGCAAAUAUUGGGGUUCUCUUAUAUUUACAUUCCAAAAUCAUCUAAGAGCAUUAGGGACCUUUCAGAGUGGGUUUUGGAACACACUCAGAUCCUAAACAGGUUUACUUAGAAGAUAUUACCACUAUGGUCAGUGUGGCUUUAUUCCCAAGUUAGUGUGCAUAGGAUUGCAGGCGUAAUCCUGAAGAAGCAGGAUAAGAGUCCCAAAAUGCCCAUGCAACACAUUUACCCAAGUAACUUUGCACAAAACAUAGUCUUAUUACUUGCUUAUAUGCAAAAAUUAUUAAUUGCAUUGAAAUUUCGAUAUAUUUCUGCUUUACCAAUUAUAUUUUGUUUAUAGCAACUAGUGUCACUGAAUUCUUUCAACUGUUUCAUCAUCCCAUCAAUACAGUUUUUGAAUUACUUUUAA